AUGUUAUUUAUAAAUACAAUUGAUUUAAUACAUAAUGCAAGUUUUUCUUGUACAGUUCAAACAACAUUAAAAUGUAAACAAACAUCAUAUUGGAAAUUAAUUGUAUUUGAAUAUACACAACAAAUUUCUAAUAAUUUACAAACAAAUCCAUUAAAUUUUGUUGGUACAUAUGGUAUUGUAUUACCAGGUUCAACACCAUGGCAUGUUACAAUAUCUUAUCGUGAUAUAUCAAUGAAUUUUUUUUAUGAUGCAUUUUGUUCUGGUUUAUUUAUUGAUGAAAAUACAAUUUUAAGUAUUUCACAAUGUUUUGAUAAAUCAUCAUCAUUACAAACAUAUCUUAAACAACAAAAUUUAAUAUUUGAUCUAACAAAACUUAUUAUUUAUGUUUCUAAAUAUGAUCGUUUAAGUAUAAGUUUAUUUGAACGACAAUCAACUGUUAAACAAUUAUUAUAUUCAAAUAAUGAUUUUAUUAUUUUAAAAGUACAUUUACUUUUUAUGAGUAUAGAAUCUCGUCCAUUACCAUUACCAACAAUGAAUGAUAUGGCAAUAUUAAUUAAUAAUGUUUCUUUAUAUGCAACUGGUUGGGGUCCAUUAUCAACAAAUGCUGAUAAACCCAUGCGUCUUAAAUAUAUACAACAACGAUUAACUGAUUGUAAUAUAUCAUCAUCACCGAUAACAUUAUGUACAACAGCUAUGGCUAUAAAACAACCAAAUUUAUGUCCAGGUGAUACUGGUGGAAUACUUUUUGCACAAACAAACCAACGUAUAUUUGCUGUUGGUCUUAUAUCACGAUUUUCAAAAGCAUUUUGUGAUAUGCGUUCAACACAAAUAACAACUAUUCUUCGUCUUGAUACUAUAACGACUUGGUUAAAACAAAAUUCACUUGUAUAA